GACACUCACAUCGCCAUCUUCUAUUUUUGUGUAUGAAUUCCUUAUAAAUAGAGACCCUCAGCUGAUCAUUCAGAUUCUCCCACCACUCCCUCCGCCUUCCUCCUCCUUCUCUCCCACCACUUCCUCCUCCACCAUCCUCCUCCUUCUCCUCCUCUUCCAAUCCUUUUUCUCCACAACAUUUGCCAUUUGCAGACUCUGUUUCUGUGUCAGAGAAACCCAACAUUCGCUGCCAUUUAAGAUUUUCAACAAUCAUUGAAAAAUAAAUUUGCAACCUCUAUGAUUCCCCCAAAUUUGACCAAAAUCCUCAUGGCAGCUCCAUUUUCUUACCACAUCACCUUCCUUCUUCUAAUCAUUACCAGAGGGGUGUCAGCAGCCACAUUCACGUUCACAAAUAAGUGCGACUUCACAGUAUGGCCGGGAAUUCUAGCUAGCUCCGGCAGCGAAAAGCUCGACAGCACCGGCUUCGAGCUCCCCAAAGGCAGCUCCCGCGUUUUCCAAGCCCCUACUGGCUGGUCCGGUCGGUUCUGGGGCCGAACCGGCUGCAGCUUCGACGGUUCCGGUCGCGGUUCGUGUUCAACCGGGGACUGCGGCUCGGGCGAGCUCGAGUGCAACGGAGCUGGAGCGGCCCCGCCAGCCACUCUAGCCGAGUUCACACUCGGUUCGGGUUCUCAAGACUUCUAUGAUGUCAGCCUUGUUGACGGUUAUAACUUACCUAUGAUCGUUCAGGGGAGUGGGGGAUCGGGUGCGUGCGCGUCCACCGGGUGUGUUACGGACCUUAACCGGAGGUGCCCUGCUGAGCUCAAAGCCGAAGGUGGCGGCGCGUGCAAGAGCGCGUGUGACGCGUUUGGAAGUCCGGAGUAUUGUUGCAACGGCGCGUAUGGUUCACCGUCUACAUGCAAGCCGUCCAUGUACUCACAAUUGUUUAAGUCCGCAUGUCCUAAGUCGUAUAGCUACGCUUAUGAUGACGCUUCGAGUACGUUUACGUGUACGGGUGCUGAUUAUACAAUCAUAUUUUGCGCUUCUCUCACUUCGAGUCUAAAAUCUUCAAGAGAUUCGUCUCCACAAACCGAUGAAUCAGGGUCGGGGUCAGGGUCAGAUUCUGGGUCGAACUCAAUAGGUUCUUCAUUGCUAGCCAAUUUGGCCACUGGAGAUUCAACCAAAACCCAACCUUCCACUUCCAUGGCUCUUCAAAGCAUGCUGAUUUUGGUCAUCUCUUUGGCUCUCACAUUUUGACAGUUACAGUAGCCAAUCCUGCCCCAAAUGGCCGACUGCUUGGCAUUGUCGAGAGGAGAGAAACAUACAUGCAACCGAGAGAUGCCAAGGUGGGGAUAGUGAAGGAAAGUUGACGAGAAUCAAUUGUAAACCACCCACGUCCAAAUCCCACAAUAUUCGGUGUUCGAUACAUACACAUACAUAUACUAAUGCAUGACGCAUAAGCAUUUGUUUAGAAAUAAAAAUGUGCCUCAUUUCCCUACAA